AUGGUUCGACAGACUGAUGCCGAGCAGAAAAUUGUCGGCCGAGAAGACAGAAGAAUAGACAAGACUAUGUCCUCCACGAAGGACUUUGACAGCUGCAGUAUUCAUACGGUUGAGAAUGAGAACUUUUACGGGAACACGACUGUCAAUGCCCUGGAGAAUCUCAGCUACACCGAUGAAGAGGCACGACGUGUGAAAUGGAAGACUGAUCUUAUUCUGCUUCCCCUCUUGUGCAUCUGCUAUAUUUUCUCUUUCCUAGAUAAGACGCUUCUCAACUACAGCUCCAUUUUCGGUUUGAAGAAAGCAUUGAACCUGCAUGGAUCACAAUACAGCUGGCUUGGAAGCAUAUUUUAUUUUGGCUACAUGAUUGGCUCAAUGGCAUGGGCUAAACUUGUGCAACGCUGGCCGCAGCACGCUGGAAAAUUUGUAUCCAGUGCUGUUUUACUUUGGUCUUGCAUAACAUUGCUCACACCUCUCUGCUACAAUUUCGCUGGUAUCGCAACCGUCCGGUUCUUCCUCGGGCUUGUGGAGAGUAUCAUUGGCCCGGUUUUCAUUAUCAUCACAAGCAAUUGGUGGACACGGUCUGAACAGGCUUUUAGAACGGCUUUUUGGCUUGGUGGAACACCGAUUGGUAAUUUUAUUGGUGGGCUGAUAUCAUAUGGAUUAGGAUCAGUUCAUAGCUCGCUUGCGACCUGGAAAAUGUUCUUCGUAUUUUUCGGGUCACUCAGUUUUGCCUUUUCGCUUGCACUUGGAUACUUCAUGCCGGAUAACCAGGGUAACGCGCGCUGGCUGACUGACAAGGAGAAGUUGAUUGCGAUUGAAAGAGUGAGAGAGAACCAGACGGUUAGUGCGAGUGAUAAAUGGAAGUGGUCUCAGUUUUGGGAGGCUCUUCGUGACCCGCAAACUACCUUCUUCUUCGUUUGUGCUGUUGGUAAUACAAUGCCUUCAACCUUUGCAAGCCAGUUUUCUAGUCAAAUCGUUGAAGGAUUCGGAUUUUCUGCUAUCAACACUACCGUCAUUUCAAAAUGCCCAGCUGCAGUUAUUCAAUUGGGCACGUUCCUAGUCUUCUCGUAUAUUGCAUCACACCGCAAUAAUAUCCGUCUAUACCUGUGCAUUCUGGUCUCGAUUCCCCCUUUGAUAGGUGCCUCGCUGCUUCAUUUCCUUCCUACCUCAAACCAGACUGGUAGACUAGCAGGUUAUUAUCUUACUUAUACCCAUACGAUGUCAUGGACUUUGAACGCCGGAUUGAUGGCCUCGAAUUACGCCGGCAAUACCAAGAAGGUCACUGCGUCUGGACUUGUAUUUGCUGGCUGGGCUGCAGGCCUUAUUGCGGGACCUCAAUUCUUCCUCGAUAAUCAGGCGCCGACAUAUGAACUGGCAUUCAAGAUGCUUAUGGGAUGCUAUGCGUUGAUGAUUGUACUUCCAAUUGUUCAAAUCAUAUGGUAUAAAUUUGAGAACAAACGCAGGGAUAAAAUGGUUCAGAUCCGUGGUGAGUCCUCGGAUUCUAUACAGACAUUCGAGGACAGAACGGAUUUCGACCAGGGGGAGACGUUCAGAUACACUAUGUGA